CCGAAGGCUGCAGCUGCGCAGAUGGUCGCUCAUCGCAGCCACGAUUGAACGUGUCAACAUUUCUACGGAUGCUUCGAGGAUGAAUUAAACCUGCUUAUUUAGCCAUACACGCCCAAAUGUGGUGAUUGACAGAUGGGAAAUAUAAUGGCGCGACCAUUACCUUCCCAGCUGCGUUACUGAUUCGAGCUCCACAGGAAGAAGCCGGCAAUCGGUGGAUGAUGGAGGACAAGCGCAAGAAGCGGAGCCCUAAAGUGUCCCUUCCACAGCCGCCUCCUCCCCCCAUCAACCCACGCAAGGUCUCCGUCCUGCCCGCCAGCAAAAGUGCCACCUUCUCUCUCGGCCUGCCGCAGCCCCCGUCCCCCAAAAACCGAGGGAAGUACAAAAGGUCUGUUGGAGCGGCGGGACAGCCUAAAGAGGUCUUCGCUGGUGUGGUGCCUCCACCCAAGAUUACCAGGGCCCACAAGGAGAAGCCCAAGGCCCCCCAACCUGCAGGGCCCAGUAAAGUCGUGCAGUCGUCCCCCCUGCAGCACUCCUUUCUUACCGAUGUGUCCGAUGUGAGAGAGAUGGAGGGAGGCCUCCUGAACCUCCUCAAUGAUUUCCACUCGGGCAAACUGCAGGCUUUUGGUAAGGUGUGCUCCUUUGAACAACUGGAGCAUGUGCGAGAGAUGCAGGAGAAGCUGGCACGACUUCAUUUCAGCAUGGACAGCCAUGUGGAGGAGCUUUCCGAGGACCAGAGGAAGUGCGCUUCCGACCACAACCUGGAGCGCCUGCUCGGCAACCUGGAGGAGCUCAGCACCUCAAUACAAAAGCUCCAUUUGGCUGAGAACCAGGAUCUGCCCAAGACAUCUGCUCCCUGACUAAGUGAGGUGUUGAGAGGCCGUAACAUCCAGGCAGACCCGGUUACCAUGGACGUACUCCACGCGGUUGCCAUAGUAACAUGAUGAACCCAUAAAAGAGGGAAGGUACUUUUCCGUUAGGUCAUUGAAGGUGCAGCAACAAAUGACUAUACCAAAACUCAUUCACGGCACAAGAAAAGGUCUGACAGACGGUAUUCUGAUGAUUGAAUCUAAUGAGUGUACUUUGCAUUUCGAAAGGACAUUUCAUCAGCGUUUUGAAUUUUUGGGGACACAUUACCCUUGGAAUUCACAUUGUGGUUCAGUCAGACACUUUAUAUCUUUGCUAAUGUUUUGAACCGGGUGUAAUAAUGUAGGACAAUCUUCACUGCAUGGAAGAGCAAAUGUAGAACUUGGG